AUGGGCAUCCUGGAGAAGAUCUCCGAGAUCGAGAAGGAGAUCGCCCGCACGCAGAAGAACAAAGCCACUGAGUACCACCUCGGCCUGCUGAAGGCAAAGCUUGCGAAAUACAGAGCUCAGUUGUUAGAACCCUCCAAAUCCUCGGCUGCUAAAGGAGAAGGCUUCGAUGUGAUGAAAUCUGGAGAUGCCCGGGUGGCGCUGAUCGGUUUUCCUUCUGUGGGUAAGUCCACGUUUUUGAGUUUAAUGACCUCAACUGCCAGCGAAGCUGCGUCUUACGAGUUCACAACCCUGACGUGUAUCCCAGGCGUCAUAGAAUACAAAGGAGCCAAUAUUCAGCUGCUGGAUCUGCCUGGAAUCAUCGAAGGAGCAGCACAAGGGAAAGGCAGAGGUCGGCAGGUGAUAGCUGUGGCCAGGACAGCAGACGUCGUUAUUAUGAUGCUGGAUGCCACAAAGGGUGAAGUACAGAGGGCCUUGCUGGAGAAAGAACUGGAAUCUGUAGGAAUCCGGCUGAACAAAAGCAAACCAAAUAUCUACUUCAAGCCGAAGAAGGGUGGAGGUAUCUCCUUCAACUCAACUGUCACGUUGACUCAGUGCUCCGAGAAGUUGGUGCAGCUCAUCCUCCAUGAAUAUAAAAUCUUCAACGCUGAGGUCCUCUUCAGAGAGGAUUGUUCCCCUGAUGAGUUCAUUGACGUGAUUGUAGGCAACAGGGUCUACAUGCCGUGCCUCUACGUUUAUAACAAGAUUGACCAGAUAUCUAUGGAGGAAGUGGAUCGUCUUGCUCGGAGACCCCACAGUGUCGUAAUCAGCUGUGGCAUGAAACUGAACCUGGACUACUUGCUGGAGAAGCUCUGGGAAUACCUGGCACUUACCUGCAUCUACACCAAGAAACGAGGACAGAGACCAGACUUUACAGAUGCCAUUAUUCUACGGAAAGGGGCCUCUGUGGAGCAUGUGUGCCAUCGAAUUCACAGAUCGUUAGCCAGCCAGUUCAAAUAUGCCUUGGUGUGGGGGACAAGCACAAAAUACAGCCCUCAAAGAGUGGGCUUAACCCAUAUGAUGGAGCAUGAAGAUGUCAUUCAGAUCGUAAAGAAGUAACCCUCUUUGCUGGUGCCUGGCCUUGUCUUUAAUCACUAGAAUUGGAACUGACCACAUAAAAGCAAAA